CAACUGCAGCCUUCCCAAUUGCACAGGCGCAGUGCCACUUACCCAGCAUGGAAGCGUUGUGUCUCGGCUGUGUGUUGGCGGCGGUUAUAACUUGGGGUUUUCUCUGCUUUUGCGACUCUGCAGAACGAAUGAAGACUGCGGAGCAAGCAGGCCUGUUGAAAUCCGGAAGCCGAACCCUUCUCGUGAUCGCGCACCCCGAUGAUGAAGCCAUGUUCUUUGCUCCCACAGUGCUGGGUUUGGCACGCCUGAAGCACCGGAUGUCCCUGCUCUGCUUCUCUGCAGGAAAUUACUACAAUCAAGGGGAGAUUCGUAAGAAAGAACUUUUGCAGAGCUGUGAUGUUUUGGGGAUUCCAACCUCCCGUGUUAUGAUUAUUGAUAACAGUGAUUUCCCAGAUGAUCCAGGAGUGCAGUGGGACACAGAGCAUGUGGCCAACAUUCUCCUCCAGCAUGUAGAGGUCAAUGACAUCAACCUGGAUCUUGCUGAGGGACUUACUGCUUUGCUGAGACUGGUGGUGACUUUUGAUGCAGGGGGAGUCAGUGGUCACAGCAAUCACAUUGCUCUGUACACAGCUGUGAGGGCCCUGCACUCCGAAGGGAAGUUCCCUAAAGGGUGUUCUGUGCUCACACUUCAGUCUGUGAAUGUGCUGCGCAAGUAUUUCUUCCUCCUGGACCUGCUCUGGUCUCUGCUGCAUACUCAGGACAUCCUCUUCGUGCUCACCAGCGAAGAAGUGGCACAGGCAAAGAGAGCCAUGUACUGCCAUAGAAGCCAACUCCUCUGGUUCCGCCGCCUCUAUAUUCUCUUCUCCAGGUACAUGAGAAUCAACUCACUGCACUUCCUCUGAGGCUUUGAAGAGUUUUCAGAUCUAAGGAACAAAGGAGAGAAGUAGACCAGGAAGACAAGGGGCCUGCCUGGAGAUGGCUUAUCUUUCCUGAGUCAAAGGAGUUCCCAGCUAAGUGCCUCUGCAAAGGGAGACUCUGUUGGCCAAUGGGCUACCCAAACUCGCUUCUUCCUCUGGUGAGGGGGGCAGGGUGGAAUGAAGAACUGAAAACAAACCAACCCAAGGAUAAUUCAAAUUCUUGUGAAAAAUAAUUUGCAUAAUAACAAAGCGUAUGUCAAACACCUAGCACAGAGCCCAGACAAAUUGCUGUUAUCACAAAUGAAUACAGAAUGUACUAAAAACACAGAUAGGAUCUUUAAUUGCUUCUGAAGUAGGCUGUCUUAGUUUUGGGUUGGUAUAACUGAAUACCACAGAUUGAGUAAUUUAUAAAGAACUGAGGUUUAUUUAACUCUUGAUUCUGGAAGCUGGGAGCAAGACAUAGGCUUCUGUUUGACAUUUAAUGAAGAGCUUCCUGCAUCAUAAUAAGGCAGCGGGCAUCACAUGGCAAGAUAGAGCAAGUGAGCCAAAGUGCUUAUUUCUAUAACAAAGCUACUCCCAUGAUAAUUCAUUAAUCUGUAAGUGACCCAGUCCUCUCCCAAAGAUCCUACCUCUUAACACUGAUGCAUUGGGGACCAUAUGUCCAACACAUGGAUGCCAGGAGACAUGUCCAAAUCAUAGAUUUACUGAAAAUACAUGAGCCAGGUGCAGUAAUGCACACCUAUAAUCCCAGCAAUUUGGGAGGCUGAGGCAGGAGGAUCCCAAGUUCAAGGUCAGCCUCAGCAACUUAACAAGACUCUAUCUCAAAAAUAUAAAAUAAAAAAGAACUGAGGAUGUAGCUCAGUAGUAAAGUACCCCUGGGUUCAAUUCCCAGUACCAAAAAAAAAAAAAAUGCACACACACACACACAAAUAUUACAAUCUGUUGAAUUAGUUCAACCAUAAUUCCCUAAAUUUUUUUCUGGCUGGUUUACCUUUUUAUCAGAGCUGGAGAAAUCAUCCUCUAUUUAACGUGACAAUCAUGGAUUGAUGCACCCAAGUGUCCUUCACAGUGAUGGGCUCUGUUGUAUGCAGAACAGACUGCCUGAGCCUGACUCUCAAACAGCUUAUAAUUGAAUAUCUCAGCUUAGUCUUGGGAGAAGUAGGAAAUAGGAAGAUAAAUCUGGAACUUUAAAAAAAAACACUUAAGAACCUGAUGUCUUUAAAUGGUUCAACAAAUAAAACUUUCUGAGAGGAUUGGCUUGUAAGCUACAGGCAAAGUCCCAACUCAUGGUCCAGAAAAGUGGCUUGAGACAGGGAAGCUUAGUUGUGAAGAGAGAGACAAGUGACUCUAGGUUUGAAGCCAGAAGACAAGCAACAUACCUAUGACAAGACAGGAGAUUCUCUAUCUCAAUUCUCUCAUCUGCAAAAUGGGGAAGAAUAAUGGGUUUAACUUCAGAGAAUGAAAACAAAAGGAUGUCUUAGGUUACAUAACAAAGAAUCUAGCUCUCAGUGCCAGGAAAGAUUAGCUGCUGUUGUUUUUCUGAGAAAUAAUCAAGUAGGCAUUAAGCAUAAGGACUAACAUACAUAAAAGUCCUGAGACAAAAGAUCCUGGUGUGCUUUGCCUGCCCAGUGAGUAUCCCCUACCUGCAACAUAAAACCGGGGAAUUGCUUCCUUCAUAACAACAGGUUGGAGAUCUGCUUGUUUAGACUCUCCACCCAACUUGUACCACUUUACUCAAUGUCACCAUUAUUUUAUAUGCCUCCUAAGACCACAUGAGACUGACAGAACUAUUAGGCCCUGAAGCUGAAAUUGAAAAAGCAAAUCUGGUUGUGUGAUUUGUCCACUGAAAAUUUGUCAAUAUCUCCUAAAAUCUUCCACAUAAAAGUAUGACCAAAAGCAAGCUACUAACAUUGGCUGGAAUGUGGUGGCAGUGGGUGACCUCUGUCUUGCUACUAGGAAGACAAACACUAAACUAGUUUUUCCUUUCUGAUCCAAGGUAAUACUUAGAAAGUGAAAAUGACACACACAAAGUUCAUCAUACUAUUACUUACAAUAGCAGUACUGGAAAAAUCCAGUGAUGUAAUAGUUUUAUAACAAAGAAAAUGUUCAUAAUAUAUUAAAAAUUUUAAAGCAA